AGAGAAACCAUGACAGCACAGAAGACGAAUUAUCUUUUUUGACUUCAAAUGGAAGAACCGCCAACCAGGAGAGCGUCUUUCCUCCCUGUUCUUCUUAUAAAAAUGGAAAUCAGAGACUGUACGAAGAAAUUUUUUGAAGAAAACCUUUUCUGAAAAUCUACUCUCGAACAGAUAUACGCAGGUGUUUUUUCUCUCUAUCAUCUUUUUUUUUUUUUUUUUAUUGAUUUUGCUUCGUUGCUCGAAGGAGCUGCCGAGGGAGUAGGGUUGAUUCGAGAAAGGAAAUGGCUCCUAAUGAUCCUAAGCAAGGUGGCGGUUUCUUCGCAUCGAUUGCUUCCAGUUUGUCUAGUUUUGGUAGCGUCAUGACCAAAUCAGUCAACGGUUUGCUGGGCUAUGAGGGACUGCAAGUUAUUAAUCCAGAGGGAGGCACGGAGGACGCUGAAGAGGAAGCAAAGAGAGGAAGGUGGAAGCAGGAGGAUAGUGACAGCUACUGGAAGAUGAUGCAAAAGUAUAUAGGAUCUGAUGUUACAUCAAUGGUGACACUUCCAGUUAUUAUUUCUGAGCCAAUGACGACGCUACAGAAGAUAGCAGAGUUGAUGGAAUAUUCAUACCUGCUAGACAUGGCUGACAAAUGUGAGGAUCCCUACAUGCGAUUAGUGUAUUCCACAUCAUGGGCUAUAUCUGUCUACUAUGCAUAUCAACGUACUUGGAAGCCAUUUAAUCCAAUUCUUGGAGAGACCUAUGAAAUGGUUAAUCAUGGUGGCAUUACAUUUAUAUCUGAGCAGGUAAGUCAUCAUCCGCCAAUGAGUGCUGGUCAUGCAGAAAACGAGCAUUUUACUUACGACGUGACUUCCAAGUUGAAAAGCAAAUUCUUGGGGAACUCAAUCGAUAUCUAUCCAGUUGGAAGGACACGCGUAACUCUUAAAAGAGAUGGUGUGGUUCUUGAUUUGGUACCUCCUCCCACAAAAGUUACCAACUUAAUCUUUGGACGAACUUGGGUUGACACGUCAGGGGAAAUGAUCAUGACAAACUUGACCACCGGGGACAAAGCUGUUCUAUGUUUUCAACCAUGUGGCUGGUUCGGAGCUGGUCGCUAUGAAGUGGAUGGCUAUGUGUACAAUGCUGCUGAGGAACCCAAGAUACUGAUGACUGGGAAAUGGAAUGAGUCAAUGAGUUAUCAACCUUGUGAUAUGGAAGGGGAACCUCUUCCAGGCACUGAACUGAAGGAGGUCUGGAGGGUAGCUGAUGCUCCAAAGGAGGACAAAUUCCAGUAUACAUAUUUUGCACACAAGCUAAACAGCUUUGACACUGCUCCAAAGAAGUUAUUAGCAUCGGAUUCACGUUUACGCCCUGAUAGAUAUGCCCUGGAGAUUGGUGACAUGUCAAAAGCUGGUUUUGAGAAGAGCAGUCUCGAGGAGAGGCAGAGAGCUGAAAAGAGAAAUCGAGAGGCAGAGGGCCAUCCUUUCGCCCCAAAAUGGUUUGAUCUUACAAGUGAAAUCACCCCCACGCCCUGGGGAGACCUCGAAGUGUAUCAAUACAAUGGCAAGUAUACCGAACACCGGGCUGCUAUAGAUUGCUCGGAUAGCAUUGAAGUGACUGAUAUUAAAUCCACCGAAUUCAAUCCAUGGUAGUACGAAAAUUCAGCUGCUGAAUGAUGAACAACCAGUCAUUUCACAUUGUUUUCUUGUAUAAUAUAUAUAUAGAUAUCCUUUGCUUCAUUUUUUAGCCAUUGUUGUGCUAGCUAGCAUCAAUCAGGAUGAAUCUGGUAUUCAGUUUUGA